AUGAAUGCCAGGAUACUACUGCUGCUUCCUCUCUGUCUGGGUGUUGCACACACCUUCACACCAAGGCGACGCCAGCAAAACAAGGUGUUACAGCUAGACUGGCCACGAGACUGUGGGAUUUCAUACUACAUGCCAAACACAGCUGAACGGAUCGUCUCAGGUAACGAAGCAAGGCCGCAUUCAUGGCCAUGGCAAGUUUCACUACAGGUUCGACCCAGGGGCAGUAAAAACUAUGUGCAUGUGUGUGGAGGCACUUUGAUCCACAAGAACUGGGUGAUGACUGCUGCUCAUUGUUUCCAGAAGGGCAAAGCAGAAGAGCCAUCCAGCUGGCGCAUUGUUCUAGGAAAGCAUCGCCUCCGGGACACCGAGGCAGCCGAGCGCACAGUUGGAGUGCGGCGCAUCUACCAACAUGAACGAUUUCGCUACCCAGCUCACGACAAGCUGGACUAUGACAUUGCUCUAGUGAAGGCAUCCAGUGAAAUUAUAGCAAGCAAUUUUAUCCGCUAUGCCUGUCUACCACACAGGGGUAGCAUUCUAAAGUCUGGGCACUCCUGUUGGGUGACCGGCUGGGGCGACACAAGAGGAGGGAAAGAGAAUGUGUCUCUUGCGGAAACUCUCAACCAGGCCCGGCUACCCAUCAUCGACUUCAAUACAUGUCGACAGAAAAAGUUUUGGGGAGGUCGUGUGCGAGACUCCAUGAUCUGUGCAGGAUUCCAGGACACUGAAGGACCUCCUGCAGCAUGCCAGGGGGAUUCUGGAGGGCCACUUCUCUGCCAGCUGGCUCAGGAACGCUGGGAGGUUCAUGGAGUGGUGAGCUUUGGUCCAAUUGGCUGCACUGUGGAAAACAAACCAAGUGUUUUCACGAAGACAUCUUCCUAUCUUAACUGGAUAGAGGCCACACGGAUCAGGGAUUUCUUCAUGCAUUGAAAUGCAAUACUUAACAGUUCCAGCAAAGCAGCCACUGGACAAAAUAUGUCUACCAAAUGAACUAAAAAGUUCAAAAUUAGUGCUGCAAACAGAAUACUGAAUCAUCAUCAGGUGGAAAGAAAACCUACACAUUUAUCACAUGUUCAUCAGUUUAAAUAUUUCUAUUUGUAGAGCCAUGGAGCCUGGAGAAAGAAAACAACAUGGCACAAAAUUUCAAAUCAGCCUGGCAAAUGCAUAUUAAAAUUAGGUGCUAAACAAUCUGACAGAUAGUUAGUGAGA